AUGAGUUUUCUCACCAAUCUCAAAUUCCCCGACACUGUUUCGAUAUACCAUGCAUACCUUCCAAACGAAUAUUGGGAUCUUGUGACUUUUGAAAAUGACGAAGCUUGUCUCAAGGUUGCUGAUCCCAGAUUGAACUACUAUGGAGGAGCGGAAAAAUUGUGUAAGGAAAUCGAAAAGUUCCGGAACUUUCCAGGGAGUUUGAAUAAAUUUCAGACAGAACUCUCAACCAAGUACUGCACGCUCAAACCAGCAAUCUACAAAACUCGCAAAGGAAAGAGUUACAUCUACAAACAUGACCUUCUUGCUCAAAUGAAUUAUGAAGUUUGGACUUCCAGCAUCAAGAAAAAUCCAGAUAAUAUGCCUCUGUUUCCAAUUGUGGCAAUUUAUUUGAGAACCAAGGAAUGCAUGAUGGGAGGUGCCAUAUAUGAGAUGGUGCCAUUUGAUGUGGAAAAGUUUGAUGAGCUCAAAAAUCAAAUCGAAAUGAGAUAUUCGAGUUUUAAGAAGUCUAGCAAGAAGAAAAAGAGAGUAAAGUCACUAAAGGAUGUUUUCGAGAAGUUCAAAGGAAUCAUGCCAAGAAACAAACACGAUCCAGAAUUCACUUCGCUUUAUAAGCACUUUUUGAAGUUGCACAAAAAGAGGCCUGUUGGAAUAAAUGCCAAGUUCUUCGAGAAUCUUCUCCACGUGGCGAGCAUCGUUUUUGACGAGUUUGAUAGAUUCGUUGCUGAAAAUGAAUCUUGGUUCCUUCUAAACAAAGCAGGCUCUCAAGAACCAACCGUUCGUCUAUUCGGGGAGCACUUUGGAAACUAUGUUUUUGGAGUCGAACUGCUUCAAGAGAUGCGACGCGCUGGACUUGAAACUGCUGUUAUCGAAGAGGCGAUUGGUGAUAGCGGACCGAUGGGAACACUGUAUUAUCCAGAAUUGCUCAAACUCCUCAAAUGCCAAAUUUGGAGAAUUGAGUUUGUUAUCACUCCAUUUCGAAAAACUAGCCAUAAGGCGGUCUGGAUCCCAACACCGGAUGAUAAUUAUUGUAUCGACGCUCUUGAUAUUAUCUUCGAAUUAAUUGAAUGGACUCAUGUCAAAGGAUUCUUUCAAGGAGCAUCAGACGAUCAGCGUGAUAAUAUUAUCAAAUCAUUCAAAAGUCUUGAAUAUGUUUUAAAAAAAGACUUGGUGGCAGAAUCGGAAGUCAACCAAAUCAAGGAAACAUUUUUUGAAGACCUCCAAAAGUUCAACAUCACUCCGCCUAGCAACAAGAAAGAGGUUCGAGAAAGUUCCGCACUCUCCGUGGAGUAUUUGAUACAUGAACUGUCUUAUCUGGGUUUGAAAAUCCCCUUCCCGGAAAUUAGCUUGUUUGCGAACAAAGUUUUCCAACUGAUGUCGAAAUAUUUGAUGGAACCAGUUGAUAUGAUUCACGCGGUUCGCAUUUGCCACUUCAUAUGUAUCUACAGUCGCAUUAAGUACUCAACCCUCAUCACUCCGGAAGUCGCCUUGUAUCUCCGUGUGUCGGACCAUGUUUUCGCUCAAAAAUAA